AUGUUUCGCACGAUGCUUGCGCAGCCCAGCGCGAGUGGGCCGGAUGGCCUUUCGGCCGGGCGGCCGGGCGGCACGGAUGCUGGCCGCCCGCCCGCGGGGGCCGCCGCGGCCGCCGGCCGCGCCGCGGCCGCGGGCCGCCGCGCCCGCGCCCGGCGGCCGCGAGCGCCGGGGUCCGGGGCCGCGGGCACGCCGCUGGCGGCGGCCGCGGCGGCGGUGGCCGGCGGCGCCUGCCCGCCAGGGCGGCGCGGCCGCCGCCGGGGCGCGGCGGCCCUGCGCGCGCGGGACCGCCGGCGGGAGAGGUGGGCUACCGAGAAGGCGGAGAAGCAGGCCGCGCGGGACCGCCGGCGCGCGCGCGCUGGGGCGGCGGUCACGCUGGAGCGGGACGGGGCGGAGGGCGAGGCGGCGGGCGACGCCAGCUCGGAGUGGCGGCCGGCGGUCGCUGGGCGCAGGCCGAAGGACUCCCAGCUGCCGUUCGGCUCGUUCAAGACUGAGGGGCAAGGCAUGGGGCUCCGCGCGCGCAGGCCGCUGCAGAAGGGGGAGGUGUUCUUCCAGGAGAGGCCCCUCUUGGCCGCGGCCGAGGGGGACCUGAACGCGCUCAUCCGGACCUUCCUGGGCCUGGGCUCCCGGCAGAAGGCGCUGGUGCUCGGCCUGGGCUGCCCACCCGAGGGGCAGACCGGGCGCCGCGGUGCGCCCAUGGCGGCGCUCGUGGGCGCGCGGGGGGAGCGGCUAGAGGAGCUGCUGAUCGACGAGCUGGGGUGGCGCGAGGAGGAGGUCGACACCCACCGCGACGAGGUGUGGCACUUUCUCCGAGUCGUGGAAGCGAAUUCCACGGUUUGGGCUGCCGACCAGGGCCAGAUCUUGACGAUCGGCCCGUUCACCUCGCGAGUGAACCACUCCUGCGAGCCGAAUGUUUACCUCUUCGACACGCUCGAGGAGAAGCCGGACGGGAAGUAUGCUGGAAACAUAGUGUGGGUUGCAGCCACUGCCGUGCAGGAAGGGGAGGAACUGUACAUCAACUACGCCGACGACAUGGGCGGCGGAGGCGGGUCGGUACCGCUCAUGCCGUCAUUGCUGAUGCCAGUGGGCAAGCGGAGGAGGAAGCUCCAAACCGACUGGGGCUUCACCUGCAGCUGCCCGCGGUGCGUGGAAUCGCUGGAGACCGAUCCGGCGCGCUGCUUCCAGUGCCCGGAGUGCGCCGAGGGCCGCGUGAUGGCCUGCCGGGCGGCCCCGGAGGACGCGCCGGCGGGAGACGACGGCGCCGCGACGCGGCCCGCCGCCGCGGAGGGCCUGUCGCAGUGCCGGGCGUGCGGGUCGCGGCCGUCGGCGCAGGUGGCGGCCCUCGUGCUGCAGGAGGAGCGGAAGGCCGUGAUGGGGCUCCGCACCACGCUCACGCCCGCGGCCUUCAUGGGCUACAAGAGCGGGCGCGGCCACCUCGGGCGCGGUCGCGACCGCCUCGAGGGCUGGGCGCAGAAGCUGUGGGGCGCGGGCCUGGGGGAGACGCACUGGGCGAUGCAGUGGCUCGAGUGCCUCGCGGGCUGGGGCCCGCCCAAGAGCAAGCUGUCCAGGCCGCCCUGGCGCCUGCUGCCGCCGCGCCUGCACGACUACUUCGAGACCGCGGGGCGCGCGGAGGCCGGCGCUCUGCCCUCGGAGGAUGAGCUGGCGCGCGCGGCGAGGGCCGCGGAGCAGCUGCGCGCGGAGGCAGAGGCAGAGCUGUCGCGCGCGGAGGGCGGCGGCGCAGAGGCGGAGCCGUCGCCCGCGGAGGUGGAGGCGCCCCCAGAGGUCCUCCCUUCUAGGAAAGGGGGAUCACGACCCAGGCAUUGCUCGCGUCGUGGUCACAACAAAGACGCUUCGUAUGUUUUGCUUUCCGUAUUCGGCCUCCUGGGGCUUUCGCGGGGACCCAGGUCCAUCAAAGGAUUAUUUGGGAGGGAAGCCGGUCCUCGGAAGAAAAAGUUGGGACUCUGGGAAACCCGGAGCUCAAAAACAUCAAGGCGUCGGAUGCUUGGGGAAGGGAGUCUUGUGCUCGACUUGUCGGUCUCUGGGGGGUCCGUUGUCAUGGCGCCAACAUCGCAGAGCGGAUUUCGUCCGGACAAUGAAAAGAUGGGCCCGGAGUGUCCUGGAUAAUUUCGUUCCGGAUUUCGAGGUGAAUUCCGUGCGGUUGUUUGGCCAGGAAAGAAGAUUAAAAAACAUCCACGCGGAAUUCGUUUCGUUUUUCAUUCGCCGUUUCGGGGUUAUGCAUUGACAGAAAUCCACGCGCAAGUCCGCUGCAGCACGUCUGCAAGGUCGGCGCAGUGACCCUUGCCGGGCCGCCCCCCCAGGCCGUCGGGACACGGCUCGGGUCCCACGGGGCAGGGGCCCAGGCAGGCCUGCUGGGGGGAAGACAAGCCACAGCGUCGGAGUUCUGGGUGUCGCGCGCGGAGGGCGGCGCACCGCUGCCUGCGCUGGAGCCGGGCGAGCUGAAGAAGGUGCUGCCCGGCCUGCUGGCCCUCUUCAGGACGCACAAGGACGCGCUGGGCGAGGAGGGCGUGAGCUACCUCGGCGAGCAGCUCAAGGCCUUCGCGCGGGCGCCUGGGUCCCCCGAGGAGUUCGUGCGCGGGCUGCGCGAGUUUCCCUCGCCAGAGGCGCGGCGGGAGUUCAGCGCCCUGCUGGACAGGAUCGCCUACAUGUCGUCCAAGAAGGUCCGAAGAAGAACACACACAGCAUAACACGUGCGCCUCCCGAGGUCCGCGCGGGUUCUCUGGCUGGCGCCGUGCUCUCCCUGGCGGCGCUUGUUGGCACGCUUCGUGCGCCGGGGAGGGGGGUCGUCUAGCGCCGACCCAUGGCAAGGGCUCCCACGAGGGCGCGAAGUUAUUCGCGCUUCGCGCUUCGCGGUCCUCGUUCCUUCUCCUCCUCCUCCUCGUCCUCCUCUUCUUUCCCUUGGGGGGCGGCGCGAGAGCGCGAAGUUAUUCGCGCUUCGCGCAGCGCGAAGCGCGAACUUAGGAGCCCUUGCAUGGAAUCUCGGGGGCGACGAUAGGGGCGAGGAGCCCAGGGGCGGGCGUCACAUGCAUUCGCCCGGGAGCCUCGCCGGAGGCAUGGGCCAUCGGCGCCCUUGGAUACACGU